UUGACCUCUGCUGUAAAAAAUCUUUUUUGACCGAUGAGUCAAGCCAUCGCAAAACUAGAAAAGCUUUCAUUGUCCCAACGCGUGCCGCCGUCGUAAACGGCAACUAAACACACGUUGAACUUUGCUAAAGUCCAACUUAAAAGUCGUCAAACUUUCAUUUCCUUUGGACUUGGAUGCAGCUGAAGCAACAUCACAACAUGUUCAGUGGAUGCGUGCUUCUCCUCCUGUUCCUCUCAGGAGGCGGAGCUUUCUUGCUCCGCCCCCUUAGCAGGAACAUGUGUCUGGAGGAGCGCUGGCCGUCGGGCGGCGUCGUUCUGAGCGUUUGCCGCCCAUCCUCCGUUGCCCAGCGUUGGACGUGGAAAGGUCACGGCAUGCUGGCGUCCGUUCUCACGUCCAGAUGUCUGUCGCCGCACCGGCCCGGCGUCACGCUGCCCUGCCAGGAAGGGGCAAUGCUUGAGUGGACGUGCCGCGGAAACACGCUGCUCGCCCGCGCCGCCAGGUGGCGACUCACGGCGGUGUGGAACGACUGGCGGGAUGAAGAAGAAUUUAGCCGAUGCCAAAGACGGUACCGUCGCGCCUCACCGGAUGACGAAGACACGUUUGUGGAAGAGGGAGAGGAGAGCAAGGCCGCCAUGACGGAGGAGCAGAAAGAAUAUUUGCGAUGGUUUUAUCGCACGGAAGAUCCGACCGUGUGGAAGUUUGUGCUGUUGGGUUUGGCCUUCGUCUGUCUUCUGGUAGGCUUCCUCUUGCUGGGAAUGGGCGCCAUGGCUAGCAAGAACAGGAGGAAGAUCGCCAAGUACAAAGCGGCGGCUUUGGUGGCCGGCAAAUGCGAAGAACGGCCGGGAGUCGCUGCCGACGCGUGCAACGGCGACACCGGCGACUUGAAAGCGGGGAGCAUCGUGGUGACGUGGAAGGACGGGAACACUUCCUGUUUAUAUGCCGACGCCCCCGCCGAGGUGGGCGAGGGGGCGGAGCCUCCAGUCCCGCAGGACGAGGACGAGAAGGAUGGGGGAGACUCACGGAUGUGACGUUUUAAAACGCAAAUUGACGUACACUGCUGAAAAUAAUGCUGGGGAAAUUGCACCCAAGAAGGAUUUUUUUUUAUUAAUUAAAAAAAAAUUAUAUUGUGAUAUUGUAUGGAAAAAUAAUCAAAAAAUUACUUAUGAUUACUCAUUGGAUGCCAUUGACAACAAAACAAGUCCAAUCUGUAUAGUCUUCACAGAGUGGUACCUCUACAUAUGAAGUUAAUUUGUUCCAGGACCUUGUUUGUAAGUUGAAAUGGUCAUAUGUCGAACAGGAUUUCCCCAUAAGAAUAUAUUGUAAUUCCAUUAAUUCAUUCCACAGCCAGAAAACCUUCACUAAAUCCUUAAUUAAUACUGCUGGUACUAUAACAAAUGACAAUUACACAUAGCAAAACAAAUUAUCAAUAAAAAUCAAUAAUAAAUCCUGUAAUAAUGUAACGAAUCGGGUUCUAAUGUGGCCGGCGUGUUUUGUGUGCUGCACCUGAACGUGGCUGACGUGACAGUGGGAAAGGUGUGGUAGAGAUUUUACUUUCACUUUUAAUGUUUGGUUGUUGGCGACAACUGCAAUACAAACUGCUAUGGCAACUCAUUGUGUUGUGUGCUGUUCUAAGCAGCAUGAGUUGAUUUGAGAGGACUCACUCAAUCAAGCCUUUAAUAAAGAAUUUGGGGGGGGGGGGGGGG